AUGGUGGCUUCUUCGGCUGCUACCACCAAAUUCAGCUUCCAUGUUGGCCCGACUGCCCUCCAAGUCAUCUCCACCGCUGCCUCCCUUCAGCUUGGCAGCUUACUCCGCCGCCACAUCCUAUCAGGGUUUUUUCUUCCUUCCUCUUCUUCCUACUCCAAGAUCUCUCAUCUUGGUCAUUUGUAUCGCUUGAGAGAUGUGUGGCAUCAAAAGGCAAUUCCGUGUACAGGUUCCAGUGUGCUUAAGUGGUCUUGCAAUGCUAUCUCCGGCACCUUUAUGUCUAUGUCUAUCUUUGGUGGAGAUUCUGGUGAAGGAGAUAGUGAGGACUUGAGCCGCAUUGAAGAGCUAGCCUCACGGUUCUUCUCCAACGAUGGAACUUGGACCCAAACCUUGCUGAGGGCUAAUCUUGCAGUCUACGCAGGACAAAUUGCAACUAGAGGAAAGCUAACAGAUUGGGGUGCCAAGAUAAAUAGCUUAAUUUCUAAAGGGCAAAUCUGGAGGCUGGUCACACCUGCCUUUUUGCAUGCAAAUAUUUUACAUCUCAUGGACUUUAGCGGUUCCAGAAGAUUCCUAACUAUCUAUGUCACUUCUGCAAUCACAGGUUCUGUAAUGAGCUAUUGGCUUUUUAAAAACCCUUCAGUCGGUGCAUCUGGAGCAAUAUUUGGAUUAAUUGGAGCCUAUUCCGUCUUUCUAUUGAGGAACAAGGAAAUGAUUGCAGACGCGAGCAAAAUUGUGAGACUUGAGAAGCAUGUCUUUGUAUUUAUCUCAGCAUUUGGGUCUUUUGCGAAAGGCAUUGACAACUGGGCACAUAUUGGAGGCUUUCUAGGUGGAGUUGCAAGUUCAUGGCUUCUCGGUCCUGCUUACAAGCUUCGGCGCGUUUCUUUUCUGGGGAAAAAAGAAUUCAUAGACGAGCCUCCCAUUUCUGCCAUUGCUGAGCGAUACAAGAAAAGAGAUUAUUAG